AUGAUUGUUAAGAAGUCUACGUUGCUAUCCAUCGAUGCCUUCUCCAAGACACAGGAAGAUGUUAGAAUUCGAACCAAAUCAGGUGCCAUCAUCACCAUCUGCUGUAUAGUAAUUACACUAAUAUUAUUACUGAAUGAAUACAUUCAAUACACUCACAUUGUCUCCAGACCCACAUUGGUCAUUGAUAGAGAGAGAAACUUGAAGUUGGAAUUGAACCUGGAUAUUACUUUCCCAUCUAUUCCCUGUGAUUUAUUGAAUUUGGAUAUAUUGGAUGAUUCUGGUGAAUUACAAUUAGAUUUAUUGCAAGAGGGAAGUUUCACCAAAACCAGAGUAGAUUCCAAUGGGAAUGCCUUGGAUUCCAUGAAGUUUAAAUUGGAUGAUGAAGUUGGAGAAUAUCCACCACAAGAUGAUAAUUAUUGUGGUUCAUGUUAUGGUGCAUUGGAUCAAUCAAAUAACGAUAACUUACCAAAGGAUGAAAAAGUUUGUUGUCAAGAUUGUGAACAAGUUCGUAAUGCUUACUUGACUGCAGGUUGGGCAUUCUUUGAUGGUAAAAAGAUUGAACAAUGUGAAAGAGAGGGUUACGUGGCCAGGAUAAAUUCACAUUUAAAUGAAGGUUGUAGGGUUAAAGGUGACGUGUUAUUGAAUAGAAUCCAUGGUAAUAUUCAUUUUGCACCAGGAAGAGCCUUCCAAAACACAAAGGGUCAUUUCCAUGAUACCUCAUUAUAUGAACAAACAUUAUCGUUAAAUUUCAAUCAUAUUAUUAAUCAUUUAAGUUUUGGUAAAUCUGUCGAACAAUUGGCUGAAGUAAGAGGUGCAUCUGUUUCCACGUCACCCUUAGAUGGACAACAAGUCUCUCCAUCUUUUGAUUCUCAUCUUUAUAGGUAUUCAUAUUUCACGAAGAUUGUUCCAACAAGAUACGAAUGGUUAGAUGGUGUUGUAGCGGAAACUGCCCAAUUUAGUGCUACAUUCCAUGAAAGUCCCGUCAACGGAGCCAUGGAUCCAGAACAUCCUCAUAUUAGACAUUCGAGAACGGGAUUACCAGGUGUGUUUAUUUAUUUUGAAAUGUCGCCCUUGAAAGUAAUUAAUCAAGAACAGCAUUUUAAAUCCUGGUCUGGUGUGUUUUUACAUGGUAUUACUAGUAUGGGUGGGAUCCUUGCCGUGGGGACCGUGCUGGAUAAGAUAUUUUAUAGAGCUCAAAGGACUAUACAAAAGAGGUCCGCCACGUACUGA